UUUAAAUUUAACAGCUCUCCAGUGCUAUUUAUUGAUUAAGUUUUUAUGGUAAUCAUUUUUUAGAAUAAUUGCCAAAGGUAUACACGUACCUUCCCUUAGAACUACAGCACCCCAGCAAGUGCUAUGUUAAGUUUUCUACCAUCAUCUUCAAACUUUAUUGGGAGUUUUUAAACACUGAUUUGUCAUUAUUUUAAACGCUAACUUUUUAUUUCAAUGGGGAUUGGAUUCAGUUGCCAUUUACUUUCUACUGAUUUCAUGGCCUGUUGUGGCCGAGUGUUCUUCUGCAUUGCACUUGAGUUCGCAUGGCUGACUCAUCACAGUGUGGGUUCAAAUCCCAGUCCCAAUCCAAGAGGAAGGCACUUCACCAUAAUUGCUUCUCUUCACCCAGGUGAUUUUAAAGGAAACUUCUCCAAAAUCCAUGAUGACCUGACUCACCCUUUAAGUUGUCUAUUUGAGACGAAUUCCUUGAAGACCAGAAGUACAAAACUGUACGGAUGGAACAGAAUGUCUCCUGGAGGGAUCACAUCACCAACCCGGAGCUCUAUGGCAACAUCCCCCCACUGAGCGAGAAGAUCAAGGAGUGCCGGUUGCGCCUUGAGCUACCAGCCUAUAAAGUCAUCGUGUGGGAGCCCACCCAUGGCAGGCGCGGUCCCUGAAGACCCACCAAGACCAUGCUAAAGACCCUGUUUGAAGACGCAGGAGAAGUCAACAAGAAGGAGCUUAUCAGCUGUAUGCAGGAUAGAGUUGUGUGGUGUGUCAGACAUCGAGCCCGACUCAAACAUGCGGCAACGUGACAACUUCUUCUUAUGGCUUCUUAUGACUUGGGUCGACUGAGUUGCUGAGUUAGUGAGUACAAAACAAAACACGAGACGAUGUACCCUAAGAUUGCAAGGACCAGGAAAAGCAAAUACAUACUACGAUCCGUAGAUCUAUUCUACCAGCAUCAACAACACCACAGCAAACAGCGCCUACAACUGUUUGGACAUGCAACUUUGGGUGACAGACAACUCUCAAUAGUCCUAGACUGGCACAACUGUAACGCUUUGCCCUUAACAUGCUGGGCUUGAGUUAAAGCUCGACCAGAAUGUCUUGAGGUUGACCUAACAAGAGUUGUUGACUUGAGGCUUCUAACAAAGACCUUAAUUAGCGUCUUGCUCUAACAAGAAUUAUGACGAGUUAAAGUUUGCCCGGAAAGACUUCACCCGUUAGACUUGUGUCUUGGCCUAAUACGUGCCCGACAAGACUUAGUUAAGAUAUACUGAAGGCAUGCCCUGGAUUUGCUGAAAUACACAACCCCCCUUUUUUUAAACAGUGCCUUGAACUUUUCAUGUGUGACGUCUCAGCACUUGCUUUUAGACAACUUGCUUAAUCCUACAGAUAAUAAAAAGGAUGAAUAGCUGAAACUCAUAAAUGACGCAUGUGAAAUUGGGCCAUCUAUUUUUAUGACUGAUAUUUCUCUGAGCUUUUGAGAUCAUUGUGAUAAACAACCCUCUUGAGAUGAUCAGCCCACACUGGCUAGAAAUGAAUAAACCAUCUUAGAGUCCCACUCAGAUUUAAAGGCACUGGACACAUUUGGGUAUUUGCCAAAAAUGUUGUACAUUAGAUAAAAAUAUACAUUGCAAAGCCUCAAAACCUAUUUACAUGUAGAUGUCAUUGUCGUACAAUUAUUUUCCACUUAAUAUGGAAAAAUAUGGAGUGGAAUUUUUGACAAAAUAUUCAAUAGUAAUCUCCUUUAUUUGUGUGGUAUAUUAAAGGCACUGGACAUGUAAUUAAUCAAAAUAAUGGUUAGCAUAAAACUUACGUGGUAACGAACAAUGAAGAGCUGUAGAUAGUAUAAAACAUUCUUGGUUACAACUCUGUCUGAAGUCUUGUAGUUUUUGAGAAGGAGUUAAUUUCUCACUGAAGUAUUUGAAAAUACUUCUGACUGAAAGCGUACAACUUCGUGUGACAAGGGCGGAUUUUCUUUCAUUAUUCUCUUGCAACUUACCUGACCAAUUGAGGCCAAUUUUUCACGGAUUUGUUAUUUUGCUUAUGUUUGAGAUACACCAAGAGACU